AUGCAAAGUCUCCUGUGCCUCACCCGUCUCCUUCUCUCUUUCCCCCAUCCCCGUUACAAGCAUGUUGGCAUGGUGUGCAGAGUCUCCUGCGCCUCGCCCGUCUCCUCCUCUCUCCUCGGUGCUCUCUGCAUCGCUGCCGGCUCGCUUGCCUCCGCGCAGGUAUGCAAGCAUGCGUCUACUCCCUUCUUGCCUUGUCCAUCUCCCCGUCUCCUCCUCUCUCCUCGGUGCUCUCUGCAUCGCUGCCGGCUCGCUUGCCUCCGCGCAGGUAUGCAAGCAUGCGUCUACUCCCUUCUUGCCUUGUCCAUCUCCCCGUCUCCUCCUCUCUCCUCGGUGCUCUCUGCAUCGCUGCCGGCUCGCUUGCCUCCGCGCAGGUAUGCAAGCAUGCGUCUACUCCCUUCUUGCCUUGUCCAUCUCCCCGUCUCCUCCUCUCUCCUCGGUGCUCUCUGCAUCGCUGCCGGCUCGCUUGCCUCCGUGCAGGUAUGGUUAAACAGCUCGGCAGUGAGGCAGUUGGCAUGGUAUGCAGAGUCUCCUGUGCUUCGCCCGUCUCUUCUUCUCUCCCCGGUGCUCUCUGCACAGCUGCUGUCUCCCUCGCCUCCGCGCAUGUAA